CGGGACCUCCGGGGCGGGUCAAGGGUCAGAAGGCGGAGGCGUGCCCAAGAUGGCGGCCUCCAUGUGCGACGUGUUCUCCUUCUGCGUGGGCGUGGCGGGCGGUGCCCGGGGCUCCGUGGAAGUCCGUUUUGUGAGCAGUGCCAAGGGAAAGGGACUGUUUGCCACACAGCUGAUCCGGAAGGGAGAGACCAUCUUCAUUGAAAGGCCCCUGGUGGCUUCACAGUUUCUUUGGAAUGCACUUUAUCGGUACCGGGCCUGUGACCACUGUCUUCGGGCCCUGGAGAAGGCAGAGGAGAAUGCACAGAGGCUGACUGGGAAACCAGGCCAGGUUCUCCCACACCCAGAGCUGUGCAGUGUGCGCAAGGACCUCCACCAGAACUGCCCGCAUUGCCAGGUGACGUACUGCAGUGCUGAAUGUCGGCUGGCAGCUGCGGAGCAAUACCACCGAAUCCUGUGCCCAGGCCCAUCGCAGGAUGACCCCCGGCACCCCCUCAAUAAGCUGCAGGAGGCAUGGAGGAGUGUUCACUAUCCUCCAGAGACUGCAAGUAUCAUGCUGAUGGCUCGGAUGGUGGCCACUGUGAAACAGGCCAAGGACAAGGACCACUGGGUCAGACUUUUUUCCCAGUUCUGCAGCAAAACAGCCAAUGAGGAGGAGGAAAUUGUUCACAAACUCCUGGGGGACAAAUUCAAGGGCCAACUGGAACUUCUGCGUAGGCUCUUCACAGAGGCCCUGUAUGAGGAGACCCUCAGCCAGUGGUUCACGCCAGAUGGAUUCCGGUCUCUCUUUGCUCUUGUUGGGACCAAUGGUCAAGGGAUUGGAACCAGCUCCCUCAGCCAGUGGGUACAUGCCUGUGAUGCGCUGGAGCUGAAGCCUCAGGACCGGGAACGGCUGGACACCUUCAUUGACCAGUUGUACAAGGACAUUGAGGCAGCAACCGGCGAGUUCCUUAACUGUGAAGGAUCUGGCCUCUUUGUGCUUCAAAGCUGCUGCAACCACAGUUGUGUCCCCAAUGCAGAGACCUCCUUCCCAGAAAACAACUUCCUUUUGCAUGUUACGGCCUUGGAAGAUAUUAAGCCAGGCGAGGAAAUCUGUAUCAGCUACUUAGACUGCUGUCAGCGGGAGCGCAGCCGCCACAGCCGCCACAAGAUCCUCAGGGAGAACUACUUGUUCAUCUGUUCCUGUCCCAAAUGCCUGGCAGAGGCUGAUGACCCCAAUGUGACCUCAGAAGAGGAGGAAGAGGAAGAUGAGGAGGAAGGAGAGCCAGAAGAUGCAGAGCUAGGGGAUGAGAUGACUGAUGUGUGAUGUUACCCUGCCUGGAAGGGGCCCUGCCUAGACCCUGCUGCAAAAGGGAGUCACCCUCCACAAAUGUGGCUGGAAGGGACAUCCCCUCACCCCUGCACCCAUUGUCUGCUUUCUCCCUUCUGGCAUUCUGUCAGAGCUGAGGAGAGGCUGACCUGAGCACUGCUGCUGAGCUGCAUUGGCCCUGUGCUAUCACCAAGCCUUCUAGAACUGAUCUUCCCCUGCCAUGCUCCACUAUAGCUGUGAGACUGGAACAGGCUCCAGACUCAGUGUUCUUCCUCUGGGCCCCUUGGCCCAUACUUACCCAUCCUUCUUGACUGACUGUUAAAUUUGAGGGGGACAACAAAAUAGCCAAUCUGAAAGCAGACUGCUUUCCUUGACAGAAAGAGGUGAUAUGAUGAUGCCUUACCUCUUCCUUACAGCUCACCUACCACAGCUGCAACUGAAGUAAUGGCCUGCCACUUGCCAGCAAGAGGCAAGAACAAAGGUCUAGGCCUUCAGAACACUUCAAAGGACUCUGUGCUAGGCAUGUUGGGUUGUUCCCAUUGGACACUGGGGAGGUGGAGAUGAACCUGUUCUCCAGACUCCAGAGUCUGUGCCUUGCCUCUUAGGCUCAGGCAAGGUGGCUAGCCCUAUAAGGUCUGAAAGAGGCCUGUCUUUAUCAGGACUCCAGCAGUACGGCAGAUGAUAAGAUUAUGCUCCUUAAUUUAGGAUAGUCCACUAUUCCCUGGGACCAGCUGAAAUGGCCCAGCAAAGGACCUGAUCUCAGACAUCCACCCUUAGGAUAUCCAUAGAGGAACAAUGAAGUCUUCCAGAAACCUGAAGGAGCUGGGCAGAUACUUGGAAAUGAGCCAUGACUUUGUUCCCUCCUUGCCACAGAUGACCAUCUCAUUCUUGGGAUGGGCAUCUUGGAAAUGACAGUUACCACUCCCCAUUCUUUCCCUGAGAUGCCUGCACAUGGCCCUGCUGGGGGCUCCCAGGGAGGACCAGUGCCUAUGCUACAGGCUCUUUCCAAGGUGGAGCCAGGUGGAACGUGCUUGACUGGCCCCCUCACCUGUUGGGCACACUCCUUCACAACGUCCAGCACCCCUCUCUCCCUCUGGUCUCAAUAAAAUGUGAGUGGUGAUAGGC